AUGCCUUUCUUCCCUCAAGUCUACCUCUCCCCAGAGGCCAACUUCCUCCAAAUCCUCUCCGAGCUAGACCAGCCUCGAGAAAAACAAGCAAAGUCCUGCGUCGCUCGUCAACAACAACCCGCCAAACGCCAGCCAACCUUCAUCCCAAGAUUUGAUGUUACCGAGACGGAACAAGCUUAUGAGCUGUACGGCGAGGUCCCAGGCCUCGAGCAAAAAGAUCUCAGCAUCGAAUUCUCCGAUGCCCAGACGCUUCUUGUCCAGGGCAAGACUGAGCGCACAUCUUCCACCACCCAGACUGAGAAGACCAACGACGCCGAGAUGAAGGAUGCCGAGACAUCUUCUGACGCCUCAUCUGUGAAGUCCCACAACCCAACUGUGGAAGAUGAUUACGACGAGGCGGAUGCACCAAUCACUCGCACCACUCCCGCCACCGAAACCACGACCCCAACCGAACAACCACAACAGAAACAGACCGAAACCCCCAAGCCUAAAUUCUGGGUCUCGGAACGCAAGGUCGGGUCUUUUGCCAGAAGCUUCUCCUUCACUCAGCGCCUUGAACACGACAAAGUGGACGCCAGUUUGAAGAAUGGUGUCUUGCAUGUGGUGGUUCCAAAGAGUGUUAAGAGGUCGAGGGUCUCGAUCAAUGUCUAUUAA